AGCCCCCUUAGCCAUCCUUGUGAAAUAAAUAAAAACUGAAAAGGAUUCAAUGUGUUCACAAAAUAUAAUCAAGGUAUCUCCCAUCUAAAAGCAAAAGGAGAAAGCUGACCUCUUCUUUACCUUAAGAAAUACAAAGGUCUUUAUAAUAAUUUUUUUAAAAGGAAGGUGGUUUAGUUACACGGAAAGGAUUUAGAGGCAGAGAAUAUUAGAGAGCAGGAAGAAAGAGGAGGAGGCGUUGAACUCGCAGCUACAAGAACAACGGCGGCAGCAGCGCUUUUUUCCUUCCAGGCUCCAAGCUGAAAUAAACAGCCUCCGCCGCAGCUCCCCUUGAGCUGCCGGAUCAGCUGAGCGCAGCGAUCACGUGGGCGGCGUGUCGAAGGUCACAGCUCGGCUCACAAUGGAGUUGUCGGAGCCUGUGCAGAGUGGGUUGCAGAUCCUGGCUGAUCGCGGCUGUUUUUCCCUCAGAGCGUACACGGUUCUGGUACAGACGGCCUUCCAGAGCUUGCUCAGCGGCCAGGCCGACCAGGCCUCUUUAGAUCAUCCAGACUUGGAACAUAUUGAUCCAGCAGUAUUAAAACAUUGCCAUGCAGCUGCUGCAUCUUGUAUAGUAGAAGCUGGAAAGCAAAAAGCUGACAAAUCUGCCAUAAGUACUUAUUUAGAAGACUGUAAGUUUGACAAAGAAAGAAUUGAACAAUUUUGCACCGAAUACCAGAAAAAUAAAGAUACCUUGGAAAUCCUAUUGGGAAGCAUAGGCAGAUGCCCACUGCAUAUAACUGAUGUUUGUUGGCGUUUGGAAUAUCAAAUCAAGACUAAUCAACUUCAUAAAAAUUAUCACCCUGCUUAUCUGAUGACCUUAAAUGUUGAGAACAAUGACUCAAGAUCUCACCCGGACAUUAAUUUUAGUUGUUCUAUGGAGCAAUUACAGGAUUUAGUUGGAAAACUAAAAGAUGCAGCUAAAAGCCUAGAGAGAACAACUCAGCUGUAGCUGCAGACCUUGGCAGUCUACUGGAUCCAAGAAGAAAAAGAAACUGUUUCCUAAUAGUUUUGUCUUUGAAUAUCAGAUGAUUAUUUACUUUGAUGGAAUUUUGAUAAAGCUUUGGUCAUGCUGAAAUAGAAUGCCUUCUUUCUAGCCAAUAUUACAAGUUUGGUGUGCAGCUGCUAAGACAAUAGCAUUUUGUUAGUAUCAUGUCUUAUGGGGAAAUGUUUAUUUGUUUGAUUGUCAGAAACUGUUUUUUUUUUACCUGUACCUCUUGUUAAAUAUAUUCCCUCUAUUCACUCUUGUUCUGACUUUGAAACAAGCCUUUUUCUUAAUUUCCCAUUCCUAACCUGUAAUAAAAAGAGAGCAAGAAAGUUAA